AAGAAGGAGGAGGAGGAAAACGUGGUUCCUCUUCUUCCUUCAGUAUUUCUGUCAAAUUCAAUUCGUUGGUGAAUGGGAACGUUCCGUACCUUAAGAAAGGCCUACGGUGCUCUCAAAGACUCUACCAAGGUUGGCCUAGCCAAGGUCCAUAGCGAAUACAAGGAUUUGGAUGUUGCUAUUGUGAAGGCUACCAGUCAUGUAGAAUAUCCUCCAAAGGAACGUCAUGUCAGAAAGAUUUUCUCUGCAACUUCGGCACACCAACCACGGGCAGAUGUGGCUUACUGCAUACACACAUUUGCUAGGAGGCUUGCAAAGACACGGAAUUGGAUAGUUGCUGUAAAGACAUUGAUAGUCAUUCAUAGAAUAUUAAGAGAGGGUGAUCCUACUUUCAAAGAAGACCUCAUAAACUAUGCGCGUAGGGGACGUUUUCUUCAAAUAUCCAAUUUCAAAGAUGACUCAAGUCCUCAAGCUUGGGAUUGUUCUGCAUGGGUUCGAACCUAUGCACUAUUUUUAGAAGAAAGGCUUGAAUGUUUUAGAAUCCUUAAAUAUGACAUCGAGGCUGAGCGUUUAUCAAAACCAUCACCCGUUAUAACUAAGGGACAUAGCAGAACACGGUCGUUGUCUAAAGAAGGGCUAUUGGAGCAGCUGCCUGCACUGCAGCAACUUCUAUACCGCCUAGUUGGUUGUCAGCCUGAAGGUUUGGCUAUCAGCAGUUACCUAAUACAAUAUGCACUGGCCUUGGUAUUGAAAGAGAGCUUCAAAAUAUAUUGUGCCCUGAAUGAUGGAAUCAUAAAUCUUGUGGAUGUGUUCUUUGAUAUGCCAAAGUAUGAUGCAAUCAAGGCGUUACACGUUUAUAAAAGGGCUAGCCAACAGGCUGAUAAUCUUGCCGAGUUCUAUGAAUACUGCAAGAGAUUGGACCUUGCUAGGAAUUUUCAAUUUCCAAUCUUGAGACAGCCACCUGCUUCUUUUCUUGCCACGAUGGAAGAAUACGUUAAAGAAGCACCCUUGAAUGCAUCUAAUAGACUGGAGUAUCACGAAAAUGGUCAAUCACCUAAAAAGGAAGCAGAACCUAAAGAAUCUGAAGAGACUCAAGCAACCGAAAAACCCGAUGAAGAAAACAAAGAGGAGGAACAGGUGCAUGAGGACGAACCAGAGCCUAAGGAGGAGGAAGUGGAACUUCCUCCUUUGAUAUCAACUGAUUCUACUGAUGAUUUGCUGGUGUGUUUUUGGUUAUGUGGAUCGUAUGAAUGUUUGAGAGAUUGUUUUGACGGAAAAUAUAUAAUAUAUUUGUCACCUUUGCAGGGUCUAAACGAAAUAAAUCCAAAAGCCCGGGAACUAGAAGAAAGCAAUGCUUUGGCGCUAGCAAUUGUACCAGCCGGAGGAAAUAACUCAAGCAGUCUUGAUUUGGCUUACACAAAUGGAACUUCUGGUUGGGAACUUGCACUGGUUACAACACCAAGUAACCAUACAAGCCAAGCGCCAGAUCGAAAAAUGGCUGGUGGGUUUGACAAGCUAUUACUAGACAGUUUGUAUGAAGAUGAAAAGGCUAGGAGACAACUUCAACUCCGAAAUGCAGGCUAUGGAUAUGGGGAAAUGGAUACACAUAAUCCAUUCAAUCAUCAUAAUCAGCAAGAUCCAUUUGCGGUGUCCAACAACAUAGCACCUCCAACCAAUGUGCAAAUGGCAUUCAUGGCUCAGCGACAGCAACAACAACUGAUGUUCCAGCAACAUCAACAACAUAAUAUGAUGAUGGGCCAUUACCAGUAUCCACAGACUCAAUACCAUCAACAAAUGCCAGUCAUGGGUUCUUCUAAUCCAUUUGAGGACCCCUUACCCGUGCCCACCCAUGCUUAUAAUUCCAUGAAUCAUCAAGGGAACUACAAUUUAAUAUAGAGUUCAGCUUCUCUUCUACUUAAUCCUCUUUUUUCUCUCCUCAAUCCUUUGACCAAAAAGGAUUUAUUCUUUGUUAAGUAGAAUAACACUAACUUUCUUGAUCAAAAUUUCAUUCAUCAAUGGUCCAUUUUCCGUAGGCCAUUCUAGGGGUACACCCUUUCAAGUUGAAACAAAUGGUGCAUUUUAAAAUUAAAGUUGCCCAGAGCGGUAGUCCAAAGUUUGGAGCUGGGUAAUCUAGGCAGAAAA